AAUAAGAUUAGCCCCCUCCCCCCCUCUCUCUCUCUCUCUCUUAACCAAAAGUCAGCGCCUUGUUUUGUCUUUCUUUUUCUCUUUCUUCAAACAGUGUUGGCAGAGACAAAUUAAGGUACAGAUUCACAGGGUCUGUCUUCUAAGGCCAUGGAAGAAGAUUGGGAUCUACACGCUGUGGUCAGAGGCUGUGUCUCCACGUCUCGCACUAACUCCUCCUCCACCGCCACCACCACCACUACCAACACCACCACCACCACCACCACCAGCAGUACAUCUUUUAUGCCUAAUUUUCAUUAUUCCAAUAAUAAUAACUUAUACUUUUCUGGUGGUGUUGGUGAACAACUUGGCUUAGGACAAGGCCAACUUUUCUCAUUCUCAGAUCCCUUUGAAGCAAGACGACAUGUUUCUGAGGAUUUGGAUUUGCAUGAGCUUUGCAAGCCUUUCUUCCCCAAAUCUGAGCCUCUCUCUCCACAACCCUCCCCUCUCACAUCCUUCUCUAAUUCCCUUUCCUCUUUCACUGAAUCCAAACCCCAAAUACUACAACAACAACAACAACAACAACAAAAACAACAUCAACAUCAAGUACUACAACAACAACAAAAACUACAGACUAAACAGUCUCAAUCUGGCUCUGCCUCCAACCCCAAGUCCAAAAGAAGGAAGAAUCUCCUUAAGAAAGUUUGUCAUGUACCAGCCGAGGGUCUCUCUUCAGACAUAUGGGCUUGGAGAAAAUAUGGCCAAAAACCCAUCAAAGGAUCCCCAUAUCCAAGGGGUUAUUAUAGAUGUAGUAGUUCAAAAGGGUGUUUGGCCCGAAAACAAGUGGAGCGAAACAAAACCGACCCGGGAAUGUUCAUAGUGACAUACACAGGAGAGCACAACCACCCAGCACCCACGCACCGAAACUCACUAGCUGGGUCCACGCGUCAGAAGCCCUUGACACCCCAAACCGUCACCGCUGGUGACUCUAACAAAACCCAAAAGCAGUACUCUUCCCCAGAAACCUCGUUCGAGGAAGAGCUUGUUGUACCUCAGACUCAGACUCAGAGUACAACAACCGACAGCAAAGAAGAAGAGGAAGAAGAAGAAGAAGAGAGAGAGGAUUUGGUGGAGGAAGAUGACGAAGAAGGAGACGAGUUUGGGAUAUCGGACAUGGUUCUAAACGAUGAUUUCUUCAUGGGUUUGGAUGGGUUCGAAGGUCCGGGCACCGGAGAUUACUUUCCCGACAACUUUCCGGCGAGCUUUGCUCCUAUGUCUAACUGUAGUAACUGGGUGGCCAACAAUGCUGGCUGACUUGAAGAAAUUUCAAAACGCUGACGUGGAUUAUGCUUUUUGUGACACACACGUAGACACAGUUUUUAGAGAGAGAGAGAGAGAGAGAGAGGUGGUGUAUCUGGUAGUGGUAACAAUUGGGUGGAAUCUAAAUUUAUGGUUGUUAGUGAGUCUUCUAGAGUAGGGAAAAGGGAAGAUAUUCUCUUUUUGUGGAUCGUAGAAGUAAUUUGGUAGAUAAAAUCAUUAUUUUAUCUUUUUCAUCUCUUUUGUUUUGGUGGGAGUAAAGUAAAUUUAGUGAUUAAUUUAAUUGCUUUGUUUACCUUUC